AUGGCUCCUAGCAGUGCUGCUGCAGAGCGAGCUCCGCUACAAGAGUGGUUUGUCAUCUGCCCGGACUUUGAUGGUGUGUUGGAGAAACGGCUCAAAGUGCGGCCCGAACACCUCAGUCGACUGAAACAGGAUCCGGACGAUUUCUGGCUGUGGGGCGGACCCAUGCUUGAAGAGCCAAUCCAGGAAGGCAAAUCUACACCGCCAAAGAUGAAGGGCUCUGCUAUGCUGGUUGGAGCGCGGACGCGUGAGGAGGUGGUUGAGCGGCUUAAGAACGAUAUCUAUGUUUCCGAAGGCGUGUGGGACUGGGACAAAGCGCAAAUCUUUCCAUUCAAGAGCACGCUGAGGAAGGCAUUGUAG